AAGUGGAUUUAUGUUAAGGUCUUUGAUCCACUUGGAGUUGAGUUUUCACAUUUGGUUUAAAUAGUAGCUUCUCAGUCUUGCUCAGCAUGAUUUUCAAGCAGGACAAGAAAAUAACAUUUUGCAGUCUAAUUCCUAAACUUCAAUUAGUACUUCUUUCUGUGGUACUACUUUUCAAGUACUUUGUAUAAGGAAAAUAAAGUUACUUAUGGUUUUUUUUUCAAUGAAGCAAAUUCUUUAAAUUCCUUAGAUCUCAUUUUGCAAAUAUUUGCUUGACUAUGGGUUUGGUGGUUAUUAACUUCCGAAAGCUCUAACUGAAUAAUGUCUUUUGCCCACACAUCUUUUCCUGUGAAAUGGCUAUGUAGAAAGAGCACUGGGACUUGAGCCCAGGGACCUGACAGUGGUUGUCCAGUGGACUAGUUCAGUGCCUUUUAUGAAGCCAUACCACUUCCUAGUCUUCUUUUCCUGCCUCUGGAAAUGGUAGUGGGACUGUAGAUGAACUCUAAAUUUGUCUCAACACUACCAUCACUGCAUUGCUUGUCCUGUGGUAGACUUAAUGUUUUAAUUGAUUCUCUGAAGAAGUGAAGUAUUUCCUUUCAUUUUCAUGUAAAAUGCACUUACGUAUAAUAACGUGUAUUUUUGAGUUACAGAGAAAGUCAUGUUCGUUAAGAAUUUUGUAAUUAUUUCGAAGGUGAUAAAUAAUGUUUGUUUUAUUCUAAUAAAAUAGUUGAGAGUUCUGUAUUUUAAUGGAAAUUGCUUUACAGUAUCCCUUCAAAUGUCUUAAGCAUUUGAUUACUGUCUGCUAGGACUUAUAAAGAACAGUUGUUAUUUGUGUAUAACUACAAAGCUAUUCUAAGUAUAUUAAAUUGCUGUUCAGCUGCAACAAACUUGGUAUAGUGAAUGCCAUUCAUAUAAUCUGGAUAUGGUUAUUAAAUUCUCAUUAACUCUGACAAAAUCAUGAAGGCAUGGGUCAAACUAUAGAAUUUUGCCUGUUGCUCAUUCUACUUAUUUUGCUUAAAUCUUUAAAGGUAUUUGGGGAUGAAUUUGGAUAAAAGAAAAGUAAAGGCUGUGGUAUUUUUAUUGUUUAAAAUCUUCAGGAAUUUUUUUUUUUCCUUUUGUGGUUCUGGUGCUUUUUGAAAACUAAAGGAUGGUUAUUUUCAUUUUUAUCAGGUUAAACAUUAAUGAUGGAUGUUACAGCAAUUGUGAUGAAUCCAAGAGUAGCACAUUUUAAGUUGUUGAGCUGCAACAAGUGUAAAAUGAGUCCUGCAUUUGGAAUGAGAAAACUUGGGGUUGAGUCACAAUGUUCAUUAAAUAACAACAAUCUAGAAGCCUGUUGCCGAGCCCUUUCACAGGAGAGCAGCAAAUACUUGUAUAUGGAAUACCAUAGUCCAGAAGACAAUAGGAUGAAUAGAAAUCGCCUUUUGCAUAUUAACCUGGGCAUCCAUUCUCCUAGUAGCUACCACCCAGGAGAUGGAGCUCACCUCAAUGGCGGUCGAACACUGGUACAUAGCUCAAGUGAUGGACAUAUUGAUCCUCAGCAUACAGCGGGUAAACAGCUGAUAUGUUUAGUUCAGGAACCACACUCAGCUCCAGCUGUUGUGGCUGCUACUCCCAACUAUAAUCCAUUUUUUAUGAAUGAACAGAACAGAAGUGCAGCUACUCCUCCUUCACAGCCACCUCAGCAGCCAUCUUCCAUGCAAACAGGAAUGAAUCCAUCUGCUAUGCAAGGGCCUUCACCACCGCCACCUCCGUCCUACAUGCACAUACCUCGGUAUAGUACAAAUCCAAUUACUGUUACAGUGUCCCAAAACCUCCCUUCUGGACAGACUGUACCAAGAGCUUUACAGAUUCUUCCACAAAUUCCAAGCAAUCUCUAUGGAUCUCCUGGCUCUAUUUAUAUUAGACAGACAUCUCAGAGUUCAUCAGGAAGACAGACGCCUCAGAAUUCUCCAUGGCAGUCCUCAACACAAGGCCCAGUGCCUCAUUACAGCCAACGUCCUUUACCUGUUUAUCCACAUCAACAGAACUAUCAACCUUCUCAGUAUUCUCCCAAACAACAGCAGAUUCCUCAGUCCGCUUACCAUUCACCACCCCCUUCUCAGUGUCCUUCACCCUUUAGCUCUCCACAGCAUCAAGUACAGCCCUCACAGCUGGGCCAUCCAAGCUCUCAUGUGUUUAUGCCACCUAGUCCUUCAACUACUCCACCCCACCUAUAUCAACAAGGACCUCCUAGUUAUCAGACACAGGGGAGUCAUUCAGUAGCUUAUCUCCCUUACCCAGCAUCUAGCUUACCCAAAGGUUCCAUGAAGAAGAUAGAAAUUACAGUUGAACCUUCUCAAAGACAUGGGACAGCAAUAACUAGGAGUCCUUCGCCCAUCAGUAAUCAGCCAUCUCCAAGGAACCAGCACUCACUGUAUACAGCUACCACGCCACCUUCAAGUUCCCCUUCAAGAGGGAUAUCUAGUCAACCAAAACCUCCAUUUAGUGUUAAUCCUGUGUAUAUUACAUAUACACAGCCAACUGGACCCUCAUGUGCUCCAUCACCAUCUCCUCGGGUGAUACCAAACCCAACUACAGUUUUUAAAAUUACUGUAGGCCGAGCAACAACUGAAAACCUUUUAAAUUUAGUGGACCAAGAAGAACGUUCUGCAGCACCAGAACCUAUUCAGCCCAUUUCAGUAAUACCAGGCUCCGGGGGAGAAAAGGGAAACCACAAGUAUCAGCGGAGUUCUAGUUCUGGAUCAGAUGACUAUGCCUAUACACAAGCCUUGCUGUUACAUCAGCGAGCAAGGAUGGAGAGGUUAGCAAAACAAUUGAAACUUGAAAAAGAGGAGCUAGACCGGUUGAAGGCUGAAGUUAACAGUAUGGAGCAUGACCUGAUGCAGAGACGGCUCAGAAGGGUCAGUUGUACUACUGCCAUCCCCACGCCUGAGGAAAUGACAAGAUUGAGAAGCAUGAACAGACAACUCCAGAUAAAUGUUGACUGUACACUGAAAGAAGUUGACCUCCUUCAAUCUAGAGGAAACUUUGAUCCAAAAGCCAUGAGUAAUUUUUAUGACCACAUAGAACCUGGCCCAGUGGUACCACCGAAGCCAUCUAAAAAAGACUCCUCAGAUCCCUGCACAAUUGAGAGAAAAGCCCGAAGGAUUAGUGUGACUUCCAAAGUACAGGCAGAUGUCCAUGAAUCCCAGGCAGCAGCUGCAGACGAACAUAUAAGUGGCUGCAGACAGAGUCCUCGGACACAACCUCGCGAUGAGGAUUAUGAAGGGGCUCCAUGGAAUUGUGACAGCUGUACCUUUCUCAACCACCCUGCACUGAACCGCUGUGAACAGUGUGAGAUGCCGCGGUACACUUGAGUUCAGAAGAAUUGUCACCAAGUUGAGGGUGAACUUGGAGCACUCACUGGAAGAAAAGGAAACCUCGGGAUUGUGUUCAUCUGCCCAACCUUUUCAUUUCUUGAUUGCACGGGGGGAGGAGGUGUGUGGCCACUGGGCUCACAAAGGAAAAAUGGGGAGGUCUUUCUUUUUUUCCUUUCUUAACUCAUUACAGAGUGAGAGGUGGAAGGGGAUACUUGAAACUGGGAAAGGAUUCACUCCUGAAAGAAUGUACACAGAGAAGUUAAGGGCUUCUGUGGAGUCCCAUUGUUAAAGUUCCUGCUGAGUGGCUCUUACUUUCUAAAGGGGAAUUCUGAAUUAUGGUAGGACAUGUUACAGUUUAUGCAGAAAAACUGUGAAUUCCAGGGCAGACUUACUUGGUUACAGCUCUCUGGAAACCAAGGCUCCCUGUGCCUCUUCCUGCUGCUUCCUGUGAAGAGAUGAACAGGAAAUAGCACCUGGGAUAUGCUUUAUUUUCUUUUUUGCAAAAUAAUGAGUUUAUUUGUAAUUGCUGCUUUUUUCAGGGGUAAUUUCAAACACACAUUCAUACGCAAACAGGAUACUUUAAAAUGUGAUUUGUAGUAGUCAGGAAUUAGGCAUAUCAUGCCCUUUGUGAGGAAGUACAAUCAGAGGUAGUAAUAUCUCUUUUGCUGCAUCGACACUGGUAACUAAGACCUUUUUAUGCCACAUAAAUUAUUGUAUACUUUUCUUAGGUUAUUGAUUUUAAAAGUAAUGAAGUAUGGUUUUAUAAAAUGACAUUCUCAAAAAACCAUGCUUUGCCAGUAGCACAGUGAAUGUAUGCCAAAUGAAAGUCCACUCGAAAACCCAUUUGGAAAUCUUGAGCUCAGCUGUGGUUCUUAAGAAAUGCUUAUAGUAUAUAGGGUCCCCCACUUCUGGUUUGUGAUGAAUACAUGAUGUUUACAGCACUAAAAAUACUUUGUACCAUAGUCUGAUUUAGCUGAAAAAAAUCAAUAUGAGCUAUUUAUUUGCACAUGUGUUAACCAGUCAUUGAGAGGGAAAUUGAAGUUGACCAACAUCAUAAAGUUGCAUUAUUUGAGGUGUAAGAGAAGACUACUCACAAAAUAUGAUUGGGCUGGGGAUACAGCUCAGUGGAAGUGCACUAGCCUAGCAUACACAAGGUGCUCUAGGUUUGAAAAGAAAAAGAAAGAAUACUAUCAAAACAAUGAUGUAUACAGGGGGCUUGGAAUAUUUUUUUUUAAGUUGAACAGACAUCAUACUGAAUUCUGGCAGUUCAGGGAAUACUAAAGCACUACUUAUGAGACAGAAUGCAGGUGUGAAUACACUGAAGAAGAUAAUAAGUCAGGCCACUUGCCAUGAUGUAUCAUGAGAAAAUUAAUAAUAUUAUAUUUAAGUAAGUUCUCUGCCUUAAAUUUUAUUCUUGGCUCAGAAUUGAAUUUUGGAAUCUCUUCCCAUUUUGGUGAACAUAGACAGCAAUAAAGUUGGUAGGUUUCUCCAUCCUGAAGAAUUGUACCUGAAGAACUACCAGGUCUGCCACCCUGCUCCUAUAUACACACUUCGUACUGUCACUGUAUUCUAGUUUAGCAUUAGUCUCUGGCAGACCUGGAGAAAUGAACUGCACUCAACAGCAUAAUGAAACCAAAGGCAUAACUCAUUGUAGUUUUCUAUCAGAACUAUGAUUUUACACACUGCAUAUAGCCUUCAUCUGCAGAGAAUGCCCCAAAUACAUGCAUUUGUCUCACCAAGAGCAUGAUUCUGUAAUUACUAGUAAAUCUCUCUCCUACAACUGUGGCAAAACUGUGAAAAUAGCAAUGGUGGAAAAGCAGACAGGCUCAGAACCAUGGAUUUGGAAAGGGUGAAAGACUUGUAACAUGAGUCUCUUGUCAGUCCCCAAUACCAGUCUAGCAGUCCUACUGUUCUUUAAGGUGCCCUUGCUGUUGUAUGGUUUCUUGUCUCCCUUAGUGAUGGACAACUCCACUUGCUGUUAACCAAACAAGUUAGGGGAACAUAUAUACUACUUGGUAUUCUACCUAAAAGAUGUACAAGUAUCCAUAGUGAGAUGCUGAAAUACCAACAGUUAGUGUGGCACUUGUUAGUUGAAAAUGAAAGUAGCAUGUGUGAAAAGUCUGAUGCUUUAUUAAAACCAUGUAGAUGAUAUUAAAACUAUUGCAUGAAAACACGCCAAGGUCAAUAAGCUGUUAACAUACAGUAGUUGCAUGGUUUCAGUCCUUUGAUGAUAUAUUUAGUCAGUCAUAGCUUUCACCUGACAGAAAAAUGUGAGGCAACAGUUGAUUUGUUUGGUUUAAAAGGUGGUUAUGAGACAUCAGAAGGACUUUAAGAAAGUUUUGUACAUGUUAAGUUUUAGUUGUUCACAAGUUUCAUAUGCCUACAUAGGCUGUAUUCAGUUCCUAAAAAUGAACAGAAUAACCUGACACUGGUUAAUUUGAUACAUUUAACUGUUCCAUAUAUAAACUCCUCCUUACCUAUGACCAAUUCAAAUAAGAAUUCAUUGAACCUUCCAGUUCUUUUUUUUCCAGAAUGUUCUCCGGGUCAGAUUGGUAUGCAUAAGUGGGUGGAAUAUAGUGGUAAGGUAGAACUUGGGUGAUAACCGGCUGCUGAGUUGUCCGUGCCCUUUGGAUCAGUUGGUUCACUCUUGUUUCGUGUGAGAGGCUUGCUUUCAUAAAAUACUAGUUUAAUGUAUCUGGUAACACAGACCUGACUCUACAGUUUUCAUUAUUUCACUGUUGUUGUAAACUGGGUUUUUAGAAAGUAUGUUUGCCAUUGUGUUAAAAGAGCAUUGCCCCCUUCGGUUUUGGAGUUCAAGUUUAAAGUGAAAAUAGAAGAGCCAGAAACCUGUAAGCACUGUAAAAUGUUUUGAAUUGAUACUGAGCUAGUUUGGGAGAAAGUAGAGGCAGGGGAUAUUAAAGAAACAAAAGAAAUGUCUUGUACAGAUUUGUAGUUUUAGAGCAGAUUAAUGAUGGUGGAGGAGAGUGUUGCUAAUGAUUUCCCAGGAAGAAAUGGGAAGAGUAAUAUGCAGUUUAAUGUUUAAGGAGCUGGUCUCAAUGUUAGUACUUUCUAAUUAUAAAAGAAAUCAAUGUUUCCUUAAAUUUUGUCAUUGAUUUGUCACAGUUAUCUAAGGGUUCCUUUCCAGCUCUCUGUGGCAACUCAGUUUUGUAUAGUCUUUUAAAGAGGUAAUUGUUUAUGUAUUUCUGACAGUAUGAAGAGAAAGAAUCUGAGGCAUAGAAGAACUGUCAUUUAGAAAGAUCAGUGAUGUAUCCUGGAAUGUGAAGAUGUCCCUUUAAGAUUACAAAUUGAAUUAUUUUAAUAUUGUACCACUGUUAGACCUUGAAUGAAUCCAUGUUGCAGUGUGUGUCCAUGUAUCUCUAGAGAAAAGAAAAUGACAAUUGAAAUGUUACUCAAAAACUCAGAAUUGGUUACUGUGUGCUGCACCACUACUGUGUCGUUUUUAAAGAAUUAACAGUAUUUCCCUCUUGUGAAAGUUCAUUCUGAUGAUGUUUCAUAUUCACCAGAUUUUUUCUGUAUUAUCUGCAUCCCCAAAUAUUUCAAGUAGAAUUGUGCAUGGCUUGGGCAUUCAGAGAUAACAGAAUGAGUCCAUUUUAAUUUCUAAAGCCAUAAAAAGUUGCUUUGAGACUGAAUAGUUCUGAGUUAUUUAUAACUACACUGUUGUCCAUGUUUCUUUCCCUACUGUAAAAGAAUUGAUCAUUUUCUUCAUUAAAGCAGCAAGAAAUUAAUUAAACCUUGUACAUACCAUG